UAAAUAAUACGCAAAGGUUGCCUAUUUAAAGCGGCUCUCCCUCUACGUCCUCCUUCCCCCACUCCCUCUAUCUCCUCUUCAACAUUCAUAUUCAUUUGGCUAUAUAAACGAAGAUGGAGUAUGUUCACACGCAGAAAUACGAUUGUCUUCUUUUUGAUCUAGACGACACUCUUUAUCCUCUUAGUGCUGGAUUGGCAGUGGGAGUUCUCAAGAACAUCAAAGAUUAUAUGGCUGAAAAGCUUGGAAUUGAUGAGGAAAAGAUCCCAGAAUUGUGUGAUCUGCUCUACAAAAACUACGGUACCACAAUGGCAGGCAUUCGGGCGAUCGGCUAUGAUUUUGACUAUGAUGAAUACCACAGUUUUGUUCAUGGAAGAUUACCUUAUGAGAAUUUAAAGCCUGAUCCUGUUUUGAGGGGUCUUUUACUAAGCUUGCCCAUGCGCAAAUUCAUAUUUACAAAUGCGGACAAGAUCCACGCUGCUAAAGUUUUGAGCAAACUCGGAUUGGAAGAUUGCUUUGAAGGGAUGAUUUGCUUCGAGACGCUGAAUCCUCGUGUGAACAAAGUUAGCAGGGUUUGUGAUGAUGAGAUAUUCGACAUAAUUGGACAUUUUUCUAGAACAGAUUCGACCUCAGAGUUGCCAAAGACGCCAAUUGUCUGCAAACCAUCGGAAGAUGCAAUCGAGAAGGCCCUCAACAUCCUCAACAUUAACCCUCAAACAACGCUGUUUUUUGAGGAUAGCGUCCGAAACAUCCAGUCUGGAAAACGUGUGGGUCUUGACACCGUUUUGGUUGGGAAGUCCCAUCGGUGCAAAGGUGCAGACUACGCGUUAGAAAGCAUACACAACUUGAAAGAAGCAAUACCGGAGCUCUGGGAAAAGGUUUCCGUCGCUGCUUAUAAGGUCGUUGUGGAGACACCCGUCACGGCUUAACAUUAAUCCAUCACUUGAUUCAGUUGUAACCGGAGCAAUGAACGUUGUAUCAACCAAUGAUCAAUCAAUGUAUAUGUUAUGUAUAUGUAUCAAUCUUAAUAAUUAAUUAAUGAUUAUAUAAGUUUAAUUAGGAUGUUAUUUUUGUUAUAUUUUACUUUGUGGAUGUAGAUGUUUAAAAGUGUCGUACGUUCUUUUUCUCACAGUUUGUUGUUUCAUUUGGCA